AUGAAAUAUAAAGAAACAACAGCAACAACGAGUACCUCAAGUUCAACUACAAGUACAUCCUCAACGACAUCAACUUCAACAACUUCAACUAGUUCAAGUACAAGCACAUCAACAAGCACCUCUACAGCUAGUACAAGUACAUCAACAAGCAGUUCUUCAACUAGUUCAAGCACGAGUACAUCAACAACAAGUAACAAUCUACGUUGGAAUCAAACAGGUCAAGUCGUUGCUGGAACAAUACAAGGUACAAGUGCUAAUCAACUUAAAAAUCCAAGUUGUUUGUACAUCGACAAUGAUAAUACUCUAUAUAUUUGUGAUCAUGAUAACAAUCGUGUUCAGAAAUGGAUUCAAGGUGCUAUAACAGGUGUGACAGUAGCUGGAAGUAGUACAGGAAGUUCAGGUUCAACAUCCACAUUGCUCAAUUUUCCCACAGAUCUUACAUUUGAUGAUAAUGGAUUUAUGUAUGUCGUUGAUUAUAACAAUAAUCGUGUACAAAGAUUUGCUCCAAACUCUACUAAUGGCACAACUGUUGCUGGAGUGGCUGGUAGUCAUUCAAAUGCAUUGACUAAUCUAAAGCAACCAACAGCUAUUGAUAUUGAUAAUAAUUCAAAUCUUUAUAUUCUUGAUAUGUGGAAUACAAGAUUAGUAGAAUGGGCUCAAAAUGCAACAACUGGUACUCUUCUGAUCAGUGAUAAUAGUCUGAGUAAUGAUUAUGAUAUUUUACUCGUACCGAAUUCAUCAAAUGAAAUCUAUAUUAGUGAUCAAGGUGGUCAUGGAAUAUAUUUAUGGACAUUUGGUGCGUCAAGUCCAAGUAUGACUCUUCAAACGGUGAAUGAUAGUCACAAUACUCUUAAUAAUCAAAUGGGUAUGGUUUUGGAUCCGUAUGGUAAUUUGUAUGUUGCUGAUACAGGCAAUAAUCGAGUAGUUAUGUAUUGUGUCAAUUCAACAGUUGGUAUUGUUGUUGCCGAAGAUAAUAAUUCUGUACCUUCACUCAAAAAAACCAGUGGCUCUUGCGUUUGA